GUUAAAUAUUAACGUUUCUCUUUUGCAGAUAUUUUGUGACUUUGAACAGACUUUGAACAUCAAUCAGAAGACUUUCAUAGAGUUCAGACGUUUUCCUUUUUCAUAGAGAAUGCUACUUUUCAGGCAUCUAUGACUGUGUUUUUGUAAGAAGAAAAUUAAAAAUAUUGAAGCAAGAUGUAAAGUUUGAAGUAACAGAUAAAGAUAAAAUAGAAACCUACUGAAAAGUGCGGAGAUCCAAAACAAAAUGUCUGAGGAAGAGGAUGGGAUCUUAUCAGGUGGGAGCUUUUCUUGGCACCAAACUUCAGACUCUUCUUCAGUGAGUUUGAAAAGUGACAGAUCCAAGGAUGAACCUUUUAAAUUUGACAGUGAAGAUCAAAGCUUUCCUCGGCACCAAACUUCAGACUCUUCUUCAAUGAGUUUGAAAAGUGACAGAUCCAAGGAUGAACCUCCAAACAUUGACAGUAAAGUUCAAAGGAGAAGAUCCUGAAGGAUCAUUUUCAAUGAAAGAAGAUGCCAAGAAAGAAAAAUACGUGAAGGAAGAAAUUCCUAAGAAGGUGGAUCCACAAAAAAAUAACCCAAAACUCUCUCAGAUAGUGACGUUUGAAAGUGGGAAAAAGAAACAAGUCUCAUUCAAGGACUUAUUUACCAACAAUAAAUCUCACAUUACCAAAUUUUUUGGUAAGUCCAAUAAUGUGCGAACUGUACUGAUGGAAGGAGUUCCUGGUGUUGGUAAAACAUUCCAAACAAAAAUGUUCAUGAACGACUGGGAAAGAGGAAAAUCCAACAAACACAUAAAGGCUUUAGUGGACCUUGAUUUCACUGAGUUGAAUACAAAGAAGGAUGAAGAAAAAAGCAUGGAAUCUCUGCUGAAUGAUUUCUUCGACAAAAAAGAAGUUAUUGUUUCCAAUGAUGACAGGAAAAAGAUAUGUUUCAUUCUUGAUGGCUUGGAAAAAUGCAAACUUCCUCUUAACUUUGUAAAGAACAAAGAAGUUAAAGACUUGAAUGAAGCAGCAUCAAUGGAUGUUCUGCUAACAAAUCUGAUCAAAGGAAAUCUGCUUCCUGACGCUCAUAUUUGGAUCAUUUCUCAACCAAAAGGAGUGAAUAAGAUUCCUUCUGAAUACAUCAACAAAACUGUUCUCUGUCACGGAGAUGCCAAGGAAGAAAAAUACCUGAAGGAAGUUGUUGUUGAGGAGGUGGGUCAACAGGAAAGUGACCGAAAACUCUCUGAGAUAGUGAUGUUUGAAAGUGGGAAAAAGAACCUAAUCAUGCCCAUUGAUUUAUUUAUCAAUAAUAAAUCUGGCCAUAAUGUGCGAACUGUACUGAUGAAAGGAGUUCCUGAUGUUGGUAAAACUUUCCACACAAAAAUGUUCAUGAUCGACUGGGCAAAUGGAAAAUCCAACGAACACAUAAAAGCUUUAGUGACCCUUGAUUUCACUGAGUUGAAUACAAAGAAGGAUGAAGUAAAAAGUAUGGAAUCUCUGCUGAAUGAUUUCUUCAACAAAAAAGAAGUUAAUGUUUCCAGUGAUGACAAGAAAAAGAUAUGUUUCAUUCUUGAUGGCCUUGAAAAAUGCAAACUUCCUCUUAACUUUGAAAAGAACAAAAAAGUUAAAGACUUGAAUGAAGCAGCAUCAAUGGAUGUUCUGCUAACAAAUCUGAUCAAAGGAAAUCUGCUUCCUGACGCUCAUAUUUGGAUCAUUUCUCAACCAAAAGAAGUGAAUAAGAUUCCUUCUGAAUACAUCAACAAAACUGUCCUCUGUCACGGAGAUGCCAAGGAAGAAGAAUACCUGAAGAAAGUUAUUUUUGAGGAGGUGGGUCAACAGGAAAGUGACCCAAAUUUCUCUGAGAUAGUGAUGUUUGAAAGUGGGAAAAAGAACCUAAUCACGCCCAAUGAUUUAUUUACCGACAAUAAAUCUGAGAUUUCCACACAUCCUGAUAUGCUCAAUAAUGUGCGAACUGUACUGAUGAAAGGAGUUCCUGGUGUUGGUAAAACCUCACAAACAAAAAUGUUCAUGAUCGACUGGGCAAAUGGAAAAUCCAACGAACACAUAAAAGCUUUAGUGGACCUUGAUUUCACUGAGUUGAAUACAAAGAAGGAUGAAGUAAAAAGUAUGGAAUCUCUGCUGAAUGAUUUCUUCAACAACAGAAAUGCUGUAGUUUCCAAAGAUGACAAGAAAAAGAUAUGUUUCAUUCUUGAUAGCCUUGAAAAAUGUGAACUUCCUCUUGAAUUUGUAAAGAACAAAGAAGUUAAAGACUUGAAUGAAGCAGCAUCAAUGGAUGUUCUGCUAACAAAUCUGAUCAAAGGAAAUCUGCUUCCUGACGCUCAUAUUUGGAUCAUUUCUCAACCAAAAGGAGUGAAUAAGAUUCCUUCUGAAUACAUCAACAAAACUGUCCUCUGUCACGGAGAUGCCAAAGAAGAAGAAUACCUGAAGAAAGUUAUUUUUGAGGAGGUGGGUCAACAGGAAAGUGACCCAAAUUUCUCUGAGAUAGUGAUGUUUGAAAGUGGGAAAAAGAACCUAAUCAUGCCCAUUGAUUAAUUUACCAACAAUAAAUCUGAGAUUUCCACACAUCCUGAUAUGCUCAAUAAUGUGCGAACUGUACUGAUGAAAGGAGUUCCUGAUGUUGGUAAAACUUUCCAAACAAAAAUGUUCAUGAUCGACUGGGCAAAUGGAAAAUCCAACGAACACAUAAAAGCUUUAGUGGACCUUGAUUUCACUGAGUUGAAUACAAAGAAGGAUGAAGUAAAAAGUAUGGAAUCUCUGCUGAAUGAUUUCUUCAACAACAGAAAUGCUGUAGUUUCCAAAGAUGACAAGAAAAAGAUAUGUUUCAUUCUUGAUGGCCUUGAAAAAUGCACACUUCCUCUUGACUUUGUAAACAACAAAGAAGUUAAAGACUUGAAUGAAGCAGCAUCAAUGGAUGUUCUGCUAACAAAUCUGAUCAAAGGAAAUCUGCUUCCUGACGCUCAUAUUUGGAUCAUUUCUCAACCAAUAGGAGUGAAUAAGAUUCCUUCUGAAUACAUCAACAAAACUGUCCUCUGUCACGGAGAUGCAAUGGAAGAAAAAUUCCUGAAGAAAGUUGUUCUUAAGGAGGUGGGUCAACAGGAAAGUGACCGAAAACUCUCUGAGAUAGUGAUGUUUGAAAGUGGGAAAAAGAACCUAAUCAUGCCCAUUGAUUUAUUUAGCAACAAUAAAUCUGAGAUUUCCACACAUCCUGAUAUGCUCAAUAAUGUGCGAACUGUACUGAUGGAAGGAGUUCCUGAUGUUGAUAAAACUUUCCAAACAAAAAUGUUCAUGAUCGACUGGGCAAAUGGAAAAUCCAACGAACACAUAAAAGCUGUAGUGUCCCUUGAUUUCACUGAGUUGAAUACAAAGAAGGAUGAAGUAAAAAGCAUGGAAUCUCUGCUGAAUGAUUUCUUCAACAAAAGAAAUGCUGUAGUUUCCAAAGAUGACAAGAAAAAGAUAUGUUUCAUUCUUGAUGGCCUGGAAAAAUUAAACAUUUCUCUUGACUUUGUAAAGAACAAAGAAGUUAAAGACUUGAAUGAAGCAGCAUCAAUGGAUGUUCUGCUAACAAAUCUGAUCAAAGGAAAUCUGCUUCCUGACGCUCAUAUUUGGAUCAUUUCUCAACCAAAAGGAGUGAAUAAGAUUCCUUCUGAAUACAUCAACAAAACUGUCCUCUGUCACGGAGAUGCAAUGGAAGAAAAAUACCUGAAGAAAGUUAUUCUCAAGGAGGUGGUUCAACAUGAAAGUGACCCAAAACUCUCUGAGAUAGUGACAUGUGAAAGUGGGAAAAAGAACCUAAUCACGCCCAAAGAUCCAUUUCCCAUCAAGAAAUUGUUUUCCUCUGAUGUGCGAACUGUACUGAUGAAAGGAGUUCCUGGUGUUGGUAAAACUUUCCAAACAAAAAUGUUCAUGAUCGACUGGGCAAAAGGAAAAUCCAACGAACACAUAAAAGCUGUAGUGUCCCUUGAUUUCACUGAGUUGAAUACAAAGAAGGAUGAAGUAAAAAGCAUGGAAUCUCUGCUGAAUGAUUUCUUCAACAAAAAAAAUGCUGUCUCCAAAGAUAAGAAAAAGAUAUGUUUCAUUCUUGAUGGUCUGGAAAAAUGCAAACUUCCUCUUGACUUUGUAAAGAACAAAGAAGUUAAAAACUUGAAUGAAGCAGCAUCAAUGGAUGUUCUGCUAACAAAUCUGAUCAAAGGAAAUCUGCUUCCUGACGCUCAUAUUUGGAUCAUUUCUCAACCAAAAGGAGUGGAUAAGAUUCCUUCUGAAUACAUCAACAAAACUGUUCUCUGUCAAGAAACCUAUGAACAACGGGAGAAGUUGGAGACAUGCCUGAAAAAUAGAUUUCGGAAAGAAAUCACUGAUGAAAAAGAUGAAAUCAGUCAUCCAAACCAGAAAACAACAGAACAUAUUAAACGAGAAAAUGGCUCUGAAAAAGGAGAAAGUAAACAGAACGAGUUUACAAAAGUGAAUCAACCUUCUGAGAUCUUCAUAGACGGGGAAGGAAAGAAAACUAGAACAGUGCUGACCAUUGGAGGAGCUGGUAUAGGAAAAUCUUUUCACAUGAAAAAAUUUAUUAAAGAAUGGGCUAAAAAGGAUAAUGAGAACUGGUCAUUUUUCACCUGGAUCAAAGAUGCCUUUAGCAAGGCAAAACCUCCAGAACUUUUGUUUCUAAUUGACUUCUCAGAACUCAACUCGAUAAAAAAUAAAAACAUGAGUUUGUUUGAGCUUCUUAAUCACUUCUUCAAGGAGACCAAAGAUAUCAUCAUCUCUGACUAUUCCCAGUUAAAUGUUGUAUUUCUAUUGGAUGGACUCAAUGCAUACCAACAUUGUUUAGACUUUGAAAACAAUGAAAUCUUGACUGAUGUCAGAGAACCAUCAUCAGUCAAUGUGUUACUAACAAACCUUAUCAAAGGAAACCUGCUGCCAGAAGCCAAGGUUUGGAUAACCUCCCAGCCUCGAUCUGCUCAGAAAAUCCCUGGUGACAUUAUUGACAGACUGACAGAAAUACGAGAGAGGCCUGAUAUCACAAGUCAAAGAAAACUCAAAAGUGAACUAAAAGAUCAGUUUACCAGUGUGUCUGAAGGGAUUGAUGGACAGAAGACCUCAGCUCUUCUCAACGACGUCUUCACUGACCUCUACAUCAUAGAAGGGGACAGAGCUCAAAAUGAAGCCAUGCACGUUCAGGAUGCAAACUUCAAAACAACAAAUGAAGAAACAUCUAUUAAAUACUGCAACAUCUUUAAACCUGCAAAUAAUAAUCAAAACAUUAAGACUGUCCUUACAAUCGGAGUAGCAGGCAUAGGAAAAACAUUUGCCUCAAUGAAAUACAUACUUGACUGGGCAGAGAGCAAAGAAACAGAAAACAUUUUUUUCAUUUUUCCACUUCCUUUCCGAGAGUUAAAUCUGAGAGCAAAUAAAGAACACAGUUUAGAAGAUCUGAUUCAUCAGUUCUGCCCAGCAAUGAGGACCUCUGAAAUAACUGACUAUGACAAGUACAAGAUUCUGAUUGUUCUGGAUGGUUUUGAUGAAUGUCGUCUUGAUCUUGAGUUCAAAAACAUCAAUAAAAUGAGUGAUGUCACAACACCAACCUCAAUAAAAGGUCUGUUGUCAAAUCUCAUCCUGGGAAAUUUGCUCCCUGAAGCUCAAAUCUGGAUCACCUCCCGACCUGCAGCAUCCAACAACAUUCCUCUAGAAAACAUUGAUCGAAUGACAGAAGUGAGAGGAUUUAAUAAUGAGCAAAAGGAAAAGUAUUUCAUGAAACGAUUCAGUGAUAAGAAGGUGGCUGAAAAAAUCUUGUCAUAUGUGAAGAAAUCAAGAAUUCUUUACAUAAUGUGUCACAUCCCUGUUUUCUGUUUCAUCACAUCAAAGGUUUUGGAGGACUUUGUUGAAAGAAAUCAAGAUGAUGGACUGCCAAAAACUCUGACUGACAUGUACACACAUUUCCUUUUGCUCCAGCGCAGACAGACAAAAGUAAAAUAUAACACAGAUCAGUCAACCUCUGAAACCUCUGGAACGGAGACAUUCUGUGAUAAAACUAAUGAUGAAACAAUCCUAUCUUUGGGGAAACUUGCUUUCAUAGGACUAGAGGAGAAAAACCUUCUCUUUAGUGAGGAAGACUUGACCAGUUGUGGGACUGAUGUAACCAAAGCUGCUGUUUUCUCUGGGUUGUUAACUCAGAUCAAACGAGAAAAUCACGAGCUGUACCCACAGAAUAUGUUUUGUUUUGUCCAUAAAAGCAUUCAAGAGUACAUGGCAGCUCUCCAUGUCUUCUACUCAUUUAAUAACAAAGGAGAAAAUGUGUUCACAGAACCUAGCUCAGCAGCCUCAGAGUUUUAUAAGAAAGCAGUGGACAAGGCUGUUGAGAGUGAACAUGGGGACUGGGACAUGUUCCUUCGCUUCCUAGUGGGUCUCUCUCUGGAAUCUAAUCAGGAUCUACUUCAAGAUCUGAUUGAUGAGACUGAAAAACACAAAGGCACUAGUAAGAAAGCAGCAGAGUACAUCAAAAAGAAGAUAAGAGAGAACAACAGUGACACAGAGAAAAACCUUAAUCUUUUCUACUGUCUUAAUGAGCUGAAUGACGACACCCUUGUUCAAGAAAUCAAAGAUUAUCUUAAAUCAGAAGAAAAACCUUUUGAAACUUUCAGUGCUUCUCAGUGGUCAGCUUUAACCUUUGUGCUGCUGACAUCAGAUGAAAACCUUGAAGUGUUUGAUCUUGAGAAAUACCUGAAAUCAGAGAAAGUUCUUCUGGGACUGAUGCCACUGGUUAAAGUCUCAAAAACUACUUUACUGAGUUGGUGUGAACUCUCUGAAGAAUCUUGCAAUGGAUUGACAUCAUCAGUGCUAACCAAACCAUCCUCAAAUCUCACAGAGUUGGACAUGAGUCAUAAUGAUUUGCUGGAUGCUGGAGUGAUGCGACUUGCUGAGGGAUUGAAACAUGUGAACUGUAAACUAGAGAUUCUCAAGCUGGCAGGAUGUCAGGUGACAGAGAAAGGCUGCAUUUCUCUGGCUGAAGCUAUUCAGUCCCAUAUAAACUCCUCUCUUAAACACUUGGACCUUAGUUACAAUCACCCUGGAGACAAUGGGAUGAGGGCUCUCUAUGCCAUAGUUGAGGAUCCAACCAGAAAACUUGAGACAGUGAACUUUGACUAUGAAGGAGAACAUCGACUAAAACCUGGUUGGAGUAAAUAUGGUGCAGAUCUUAUGUUUGAUAAGAACUCAGCAAGCAGACGGCUUGUUCUGGCUGAAAACAACAAAAGAGCGGAAACUGAUAAUGAUGUCAAGAACCUGGAAAUGCGAAAUACAAGUGAUGAAAGGUUCAGGAGGACCCAGGUAUUUUGUGAUGAAGGCCUGCAACGACUUUGUUACUGGGAAGUGGAAUGGAAAGGUGUGGUGGGAAUUGCUGUGGCAUAUAAAGAUGUGGGUAGAGGCUGGAACCGUGAUGGUGGUCUGGGAUGCAAUGACAAGUCUUGGAGUCUGCUCUGCUCCAAGACUGGAUACAAAGCCAUGCAUAAAAACACAAAAGAAGAAAUCAAAGUCCCUAUAUGUAAGAAAAUAGGUGUGUUUCUUGACUGGGAAGGAGGAACUCUAAGUUACUACAAUAUAACAUCAGAGAAGCGGAGCUUGAUUCAUACUUUUAAAUCAAAAUUCACAGCGGAGCUAUUUCCUGCCUUCUGGUUUAAAAAAGGUUCUGUGACUUUGUGUGACCUGUAGAUUUAUGAGUGCACAAGUUAGAAAGACUAUAAGCACUUAGAGCGGUACAAAAAAGUGUUUACCCGUUCCUGAUUUAAUUUUUUUGUAUAU